AUGGCCACAAUGGAUCCAUCUUUCCAGGAUCCCCUACUCUCGCUCCGACGAGCCAUUGCCGUUGCCUCCCUACCCACGCCAACCACCUCUUCCGAGCUAUCGGAGCAAGAUGCGACAGAGGACCUCGCGCAGGCCACCCACCUUUUCUUUCAUCAACCUUCUCCACACACAUUUUCUCUGACGGAGCCCACGCGUUUUGUCUCCAAUACAACAAAUACGGCAGUUGAUCUGCGCAGUAUCUUUUUCGCGUGGCAGAAGAAAGAUGUCGCGAUUCCAGAGUACAUUGCUUCUGCGCAAGAGCUCACCGAGGCGCUCAAGCAAAAGACAUCAACAGGAGAUGGAAAGGCGGAAGAGGUUCAAAAUUUGGUCUUUGUUGAGCGACUGGACCUGAUCACAUGGCUGGAGGGCGCCUCUGAUGAGAGCGAAUACAUCAAGCCGCUUGAGGGCGCUGCGGCCGCUGCGGAAGCUGCUGCUGCUGCUGGUCAGGCCCAGGCCGAUGCGGCUGCUGGUGUGGCCUCUGGCGCUACCGGGGGAGUACCAAUGGCUCCCAGUGGGAGUGUGGCCGUCGCAGGUCAGGCUGGUCGGCCACAAAAGCAGAUUGAUCCUCGUCUGCAAGAGAUCUACAACGGAGAACGCAAGACGGGUGAUCGAAACACGCUCCUUCGGGGAAUCAAGCCCACGGACUUCUCGCACGUCCGCAAGACUGCCGCCAUCUUCUUCGACCGCAGCCGGGACCGUCCCGGUCAGCCUGGUGCUAAGCCCGGCGUCAAGCCUACCGCGAUGGUUCCAGCACCAUCAGCCGGGUUGCCCUUGCCAUCUCGCAAGCCCAGCUCCCGUCCCGACCCGAUCAUCCUCCUCUCCCCCUCCGCCUCAUCUCUCAUCCGCAUGUCAAACAUCAAAUCUUUCCUUCAAGACGGCAUCUUCGUGCCCCCGGAUCAUCCUACGCUGAGCAUGUCCACCGAGGCCAACUUUAUGGAAUUGAAGCGUCCACUUCGUCUCAAGAACGAUCCGUCCAAUCCCUCUGCCGGGGCUGUCGGCUCGGCCGCCGGCAGUCGAGGCCUCAAGCCUACGAAAUUCAUUCUUGUUGAUGGAACGACCAACUUUAAGCCUGAAUACUGGUCAAGGCUCGUGGCUGUUUUCACUACCGGACAGACGUGGCAAUUCAAAUCAUACAAAUGGUCAUCUCCGCCGGAGCUGUUCAAACAUGCCACCGGCAUCUACGUUGGAUGGCGGGGUGAGGAUGUCCCAUCCACCGUCAAGGGCUGGGGCCGUGGAGUGCAAAGCUUUGCAGUGGAGCGAUGGGACGAGAAAGGUGGCAUUCAUGGCGGAGGUCGCUGGCGUGACCGAGAGGUCGUUGAAGGUAUCUGGACCGCUAUCGAAGAAGGCAUGAAACUGCGUGGCUGGGGAACCAAAUAG